AUCCCACAAAUAGCCCCUAUUAAUUGGUUAAUUUUAUUUAUUGUAUUUUCAAUUACAUUAGUAGUUUUUAAUAUUUUAAACUACUUUUGUUUUUUUUAUACUCCACUUAAAACAUCUCAAUCUUUAAAUAUUAAAUUUAAUAAAUUAAAUUGAAAAUGAUAA